CAGCUGCCGUUGCCACGGCGCCCCGCUCCGCCCAUGGCCUCCGCGCUGGAGGACCCCGUCUUGAUCCGGCCUUUCCGAGGCCACAGAGCGGCGGUGACGGGCGUCGCCUUCAACGCGGACGCCGCGGGGCUGGCUACCUCCUCUUUGGAUAGGUUUCUUAUGGUGUGGAAGCUGAAGACACAAUGCAGAGCCUACAAAUUUGUAGGCCAUGCAGAAGCGGUGACCAGCGUACAGUUCUCACCAGAUGGGCAGCUACUUGCUUCAGCUUCUCAAGAUCGUACUGUCAGACUAUGGAUUCCUUGCAUUCAUGGAGAAUCAUCGGUACUGAAAGGUCAUACAGCAUCUGUUCGUAGCGUGAGCUUCUCGCAUGAUGGCCACUUCCUAGUUUCAGCAUCCAAUGAUAAAUCAAUAAAAAUAUGGAGUGUUCGCCAUCAGCACUUUUUGUUUUCCCUAUUCCAACACACUCAUUGGGUUCGCUGUGCCAAAUUUUCACCUGAUGGAAGACUAAUAGCAUCUUGCAGUGAGGAUAAAUCUGUUAAGAUCUGGGAUACGAGAAAUAAAACUUGUAUUGAUAGCUUCUUAGAUUAUGGAGGAUUUGCAAAUUUUGUGGAUUUCAACCCAAGUGGUACGUGUAUAGCUUCUGCAGGUUCUAAUCAUACGGUGAAACUGUGGGAUAUUCGAAUGAACAAGCUACUGCAGCAUUACAAAGUUCACAGAGCAGGGGUUAAUUGUGUAUCAUUCCAUCCUUCUGGUAACUAUCUCACCACUGCUUCUACUGAUGGUACCCUUAAGAUUUUGGACCUCUUAGAAGGAAGACUUAUUUACACUCUUCAUGGACACAAGGGACCUGUACUUUCUGUGGCUUUUUCAAAAGGUGGUGAAAAAUUUGCCUCAGGUGGAGCAGAUGCUCAGGUAUUACUAUGGAAAACCAACUUUGAUUCAUUUGAUUAUAAAGAAGUUCUUAAACACCAUAUUAGAAGAACACAUAUUGAUGAUCCUCCUCAUCUUCUUGAUAUUUACCCGAGGUCACCUCAUCUCCAUGAUGAAAAAUUUCAGUCAGUUGAGGUCAACCCUACCUUUGAUGUGACUAAUACACAAGCACUUGACCCACCUGUCAUAGAGAUUAGUUCCUCUUCAUCUUUCAGUACUCCGGAUGAUGUCAGCAGUGAAGAUUUGCAGUAUCCCCCUGCUUCAGUCUUGGCAACAAGUUCAAAAAGGAAGUCAGAGAAUGAGAGCGAAUCAGCUGUGCAUAAUGUGGACAGGCAAACAGGCAUCUCCCCCUCCCUGGGUAAUGCUUUGGAGCACAUUGUGGAGCAGCUGGAUGUUUUAACUCUAACUAUUUCAAUCCUGGAACAACGUCUGACUUUGACUGAAGAUAAAUUGAAAGAAUGCUUAGAAAAUCAGCAAAAAAUGUUACUUCAGGGAAGACAGGAAGAAUAAAAGAUGAAAACAAACUGUAUUGAUGAAUAUGUUUCAUAUAUUCACAAGGAAAUAAUAAAUGUUACUUCACUGGAUUUUGCUAUAAGCAAAAAAAAAAAUCCUCCUUUUCUAAGAAGUCAAUGUAAUAAAAACUGAAGGAAAAAAUAGACAACACAUUUUAAACAUUGGUAGCAAGCAGAUAUUCUGGUUAUAUAUUUAAUAAAGUGUAGCCCAGCCAAAACUAAUAUUUUCUAAAAUCAUUCCCAUUGACUGUUACAAGACUCUUAUUUCAACCUAAUAAGAUCUUUGAAUACAACUAAGCAACAAACUACAUAUUUUUAGAUGAAUAGCAAUUAUUAUGGAAGUGCACUAUACAGGUUUUUUAACUCAGGUAAGGAUUGUAAAAAUAAUGCUCUUUGUGCUAAGGCAACAUUACUCAAGCACCUAAAUUAAAUAAGACCUAAUUAGCCCUAACUCCAAAAAUGCCAGAGGUUUUCUUUGUCCCUUACAUACUCUCGAAUUUUUUACCAAAAAGUAGCGACAGCUACUCUAUAUCUUCUAAACAUUUUAGUGAUGAUUGUAAGACGAUGUAGUGUAAAAACUUUUAGUUACAAAUAUGAAAAUGAAGUCACUUAAACUUUGAAAAUAUAAUUGCAUCUGUGUGAACUCAGCUGCAAGACUGAUGCAGUUGAGCACUUCUGCUUAUCUCAUCCCCAUCAAAAUUCAUUUUUCAUAUUUAGAAAAAUAAAAAUCAGCUUCAUACUUCUGGAAAAUAUAUUUGAACCAAACACAAAAUGAUGCGAAAUCUAGAUGAUAAAUACAAAAGAUUCUCAUCCUCCAAGGACUUCCACAGGUGCUCGAGCUUUGCAUGCUAUGAAUGUCACCCAUCAGUUAAUGUGUUAUGAAUGAAGCCAUAAAUCAGGAAAGACUUCACAAUGUAUGAUGAUUUUGGUUUUAUUUUUAAUAAAACUGCAAU